AAAAUAACCAGAAGGAAAUGUCACAUUGUUUGUUCGCUGUUGGAAAGGUCAACUUUCUUUUGUUUGCAAAGUGCGAUUGAGAAGGGAAGCCGAUUGUUUUCCCAACUGAGCCAUUUUAAAUAUCGCGUGAUUGCUGCAGGUGCAUCAUCAAAAGAACUUAUUGAAACCAGUCGGGCAACACAUAGCAAAAGAGCCAAAUAAGACUGGUUGUCCCGCGAAUGUUGGUUACGUAAAUUUUCGAGGACUCAAGCCCUAGUAAGGUUAUUGAGAAUGGACGAUAUCGAUGAAGAUGACAUUCUGGAGACCCUGCUGCGAUACCAACUGCAGCAACCCUCACCGUCGCCUGUAAAUGCCACGACUGUUGUGGAAGAAAACACCACCGUUACUUUCAACAAUGAACAAAUGUUCUACUCAAGCAUGUUGUUCCAAAAGCUGGCUCUGCUAAGACACGGUGGACUCUACAAUACCGUUAGCGUCACGGGACAGGCGAUCGCGAGUUCGUCAGGCGGCACUGUCACCAUUAUCGAAAAGGACGACAACGAGCAGAAGGACGACGACGGUGACGUCAAGAAGAGCGACAUUAUGUUGACCAUGGAAUCCGAUAUGAAAGGGGGUGGUAUUCUGCAUGCCACGAUGCCCCCGCACCACCCGUCCUCUCUGCACGGCCACAGUACUUCGCCAUACGGAGCACUGGGAUCGCUGAGCAUGAUGAACAUCGGUCAAUCGCAACUUUCAUCCCAUCAGACAUCGGCUGCCCAGCAGCACCAUCUGCUUGGUGGUGGUCAUCAGCAGCAUCAUAUGAGCCACGGGCUGAGUAGCAACAACAGUAGCAGCAGCAGUAACAACAACAACAGCAGCGGAUACGGGAGUCCUCUGCAGCAACCGGUUUCCGGACUCAGUCCGACCGGUCUCGUUGGCGGGCAAGGACACUCGCAGCACAGUUCGCCGACGGGAAUGGGUUCCACCGGCCAGCAUCACAUCACGGCAAGUGGGGGAGGUGGCGGUGGUCACCAUCACCAUCAUCACAGUUCCGGAGGGCUGUUGGGUGUGAAUCACAACAAUAACAACACCAGUAAGGCGGCGCAGCAGAAUGCGGAUCGCGUGAAGCGUCCGAUGAACGCGUUCAUGGUGUGGUCUCGUGGUCAGCGCAGGAAGAUGGCUUCGGAUAAUCCUAAGAUGCACAAUUCAGAGAUCUCCAAACGACUCGGCGCUCAGUGGAAGGACCUGUCGGAGACGGAGAAGCGCCCGUUUAUUGAUGAGGCGAAGCGGCUCCGAGCGGUGCAUAUGAAGGAACACCCGGAUUAUAAAUACCGGCCGCGCCGGAAGACGAAGACUUUGACUAAGGCGAAGGAAAAGUAUCCGCUCGGUGUGGGAUCGCUGCUCGGUGGUGGCCAAACGACCGAGAGUAGUGGGAUGCGCGGUAGCGCAUCGUCCACCACGUUGGCCGCGCAGCAGGCGGCGGCGGCAGCGGCAGCAGCGGCCGCAGCCGCAGCGAACCGUGAUAUGUACCACCAGAUGCCUCCAAAUGGCUACAUGCCGAAUGGAUACACGAUGAUGCACGAUCCGUCGUCGGCGGCGGCUUACCAAUCGCAGCAGCACUACAUGAGCAAUUACCACCACCAUCACCGGUACGACAUGGGUCAGAUGGCGGCAGCAGCAGCCGCCUCCGGUACGUCAGCUGGAUCCUUGAACAGCUACAUGAAUGCCGGCUACGGGGGUAUGUACGGUGGCGGAAGUGGUGGCGGCGGAAGCACCGUAUCCGGUGGUCAAACGUCACCCUACGGAGGUAGCGGUGGUGGCCUGCAGCAGCCCGGCUCGCCGUACAGUACGACAAUCCAGCAGCAGCCCGGUUCACCGUACGGACUAAACCACCAACCCGGAAGCGCACUUUCCUGCCAAAGCCACAGUCCCAGUGAUUCGAGCGUGAAAUCGGAACCAGUCUCGCCUAGCCCGAUCGCGUCAGCCACCAAUAACAAUCUAACGAUGAAGCGAGAAUACAUAGUUGGCGGUGGGCAUCAGCAGCAGUCGGCGGCCGCCGAUCUGAGCCAUUUGAUCAACAUGUACCACGUGCCGGAUAUGCAGCAAACGGGCGGAGCGGAUCUGCAGCAGCACCAUCGCAAUCACCUAAUGCAACAUUACCAUCAGCAUAACGCCAGCGUAUCGCCCGAUCUUCAAUCGCAGCACCAGCACCUCCAGCAGCACCAGCAACAACAGCAGGUCCAACAGCAACAACAGCAGCAGCAGGUUCUGCGAUCCAUGGCACCAAUCUCACACAUGUGAGAGUUGGCUGCAACCGCGACGGACCUCUUGGUUCACCAUCAUCAGCAUCAUCACCACCAACAGCAGCAGCAGCAGCAACUUCGAGUUUCAAAAGCAGUGGUGUCAACAUCGCCAACUCUUACUGCCACUUCGACAUCGAGCACAAACCACCAUGCGGUGGGCUCUACAGGAUCCACUGCAGCAGCAACGGCGACGCCUCCGUGCAGUAGCAAUUCCAGGAAUAACAGCAAUUCCAGCAGUAACACCGCUGUAGGAACGGGUGGAGCUUCCGGGGCAGCAACCGAUCAUGGUAGCGCCGAUUCCCCAGCAGGCGAGUCUACGCUGGGUGCUGCGGUAGGCGCAACCUUAUUUGGAAGCGGUCAUCUUCAUCAUCAUUCCUUCGAUCGAUUACCUCCGCUGUGUGCGUCUCCCUUGUCUGCGUACCGCCACCAUUCGGGUGCAUCGUCAGCUACGGUGAUCGGCAACUGUAAUAGCAGCAGCGGCGGUAUGGUUCUAGCUGGAAAUGGUUCAAGCAAUGCGACGACUGCCUCCGGUUCUCUAGGCGGCGGACUUAUGAGCUCUUCGCCUCACUCGCACGUUGCGCUUAUCAGUGCCGUCACACCUGGUCUCGGAUUUUCAUUGCCAAAUGGAAGCGACGUGCAAUCAUCGCUGCUAUCAGUUGAUUCUGAAGAAGAUCCACACCAUUCGUACCAUCAUGGAAUGCACAUGGCACCGUCACCGCAUCACCAUCAUCUGUACCAUCAUCAUCAUCACCAUCACGAUUAUCAUCAUCAUGCGGCUGCUGCUGCAGCUCUGCUGGGUAGUUUCACUAGUGGUGGCGGUGGUGCCGGUUUGAUCGAUUGUGUGACUGAGAGUAAUAAUUGUGCCGAUCGUGAGGAUUCCACUGGAUUUAUUUCAGUGGCGGGUACUACCGCGAACAGUGCCGUCGGAAACUAUUGUCUUAGUGGAGGUAUAGAAAGUGUGACAGGGUUGGUCCAUUCCGUAACAGCCGCCACGGCGUUGGCUGGUGCGAAUGAUGGCGAAGAAGCGGGAACGGGCGUUCCGCUUGAGAGUGGUGGUGGAUCGAUGAGUGGUGGUGGUAGUGAUAGCAGUGUUCUGCGAUCGAACGAUCGAUCGAUCUCAUCAUCAUCUUCGGCCAGCCUCACGCUGACGGCAAGAACGGCUGCUGCUGCAGCGGCAGCCGUGGCCGCUGUCUCGAAUCAUCACCAUCAUCUGCAACAGCAUCCCACGGCAGCAGACAUACCUUACCAUCAUCACCAUCAUCGACCUUUGCCGAUGGAUAUAUCGGCACUGUAGAAGGGUAUGAGGAAUCCAUCGCCGAAGAUUUUUUACUGAUGCUUUGAUGCUGCUGCCGCUGUCCACGAGAAGAAAUGGGUGGUGUAGCAAAAGUAAUAGAGUUGCGAUAGAAGAGUGACAAUUUAGCGAGGCAAUCAUUCAGGGAGGAGUAGUGGUGGUUCUUUUGCAUCGAAGAGGAGAUCCCUUGAAACAGCUCACUCAAGGACCUGUGUAAAUAUUAAACGCAAUACCAGAAUUGUGUCUGCUACUAGAGUGAGUUGAGCUCUUUAAAUCGGAAAUGAAUCGUUUGCAUCUCGUUUCCAACACACCGCUCGCUAGUGACGAGGUGUUUGUAAAACGUCACACUCCAUCUUGUUGGACGUUAAACCGUGGUCCAAACCUGGCGACAGUGUCGAUGCGAGAGGAGGUUUAGAGCAAGCGGGUAGCGGAGCGAUUCUAAAGCAAAACACGAACCGAAGUUACAUGAGUCGGUCGCAGGGACGAUCGACACCAUAGACGACAAAGUUGAGCGCGCAAAAGUAGGACGUGUUUACGUGUAAUGUGUGAUAUUUUAUUUUGUGUUGAUCUUUAUUUUCCUUUUCAUAUACUAUUGUUUAGUUUAACCGUGGAGAGUGUAACUGUACAGGCUGUAGUUUGCGAGUCUUGUCGUAAAUCAGAUCUAAUAUGAAUAUUACUGUCGAUAAAUUAUCGAUAUCGUUAGUGAGAAUCAUAGCAACACACAACACUCCAUUCGAGAGAGCUUACCCUUUGUAGGGGCAAGUGAGAUGUAACAUACGGCGGACCCGCAUUUGUGAAUAACUAUUAGUUUUUAGAAUACUUUUCUUUAAAUUGGCCUCCGAGCUGCUGUUAGUAGGACUGUGGAAGAAACAAAAAUGAGGACUCAACAAUAUGAACAAUUCGUAAAUAGGCAUGAGUGUGUAAAGAACCCAGCGGGGUAGGGUUUCAGUUCUCAUUCGCUAAUUCGACCACCCUUGCUUGCAUGUGUGGAAAGAGUUUUUAUGUAAAAAGAAAGCAAUCUCUAUGUUUACUGUGUACUACGGCAUCUAAUAUAAUUAUUAUUUUCUUAUAGUAAGACUACAGAGGAUUUGUACUGCGAUGAAUUAAGAAUGAAUUUAAUUUACAUCAUUGGUUAAUGGAUUAGGGCCCUUCGAACUUAUGAUUCCAAUGCCUUUGUCUUUUCGUUUUUUUUUUCGAACUAAACAAACUUCAUACAUACUCAAUGAAACAAAUUUUCUUGAACACUUUUAUUCAUCUCAACUCUACAUGAAUUUGAAAAAAAUAAAAACCGUACCCAGUUAGUUGAUUGUAUCUUCUCAAUUUUCAUGUCUAUUUACUUUGACCCAUUAUCUAUCAGCUUUCUGGCGCAUCAUUAACUCCUUUGUUGACUCCUUCUUUACUUCUGCAGCAGUCCUUCGGUUUAUGUUAGAGGAGAGAAUAUUAGAAUGCGAAUUUUAGUACAUGAGCACGAAUGAUGGAUCGUUAGUCAAGUUACAUAUGUACAGAACCAGGAAACGAAACGGAAGUAUCAAACAAACAAAAUUCCAACCAGAGGAUUAGAGUUAAAAUAGAAAAGAAUUAAAAUUCACAGUAAAAACCAAUGAACAAAACUAUAAGAUGCACUGUAAAUGGUUGAAACAGCGUCCCUCUCACACACACACACACACCCUAUCUCUCUCUGUCUCUCUAUAACAGCCGUGUCCCCUGGUAAACGAUAAUAAGAUAGUGGUCCGCUAUUUAACCGUCGAAGUAAAAUUGCGCGAGCUAUAUGUUGUGUACCACAAGCAGUGUGGAGACGGAUGAAAUAUUAAAGCAAAAGACAUGUAUACAAAAUCGGAACAAAUGUAAUAAGCGACACACACACACAAUGAAGAAAGAGAGGGAAAAGUACAGAAACGACAAACAUGUAUGAAUCUGCAAAUUUCCAAUGUUAACAGAAAACAAUGCUACUAAAAAGGUGAAAAAUUAGAA